GUAUCGGCGCUCGGUGUCAUCUUUGAUUCGGUGGCAUUUGUUUAUGGUCAAUAAUUUUUCCUUCGAAGCAUUUAAAUAUUGUACAAAUAAUGUAAAGAACUUAAAGCCUUCUCCUAAAUCCGCUACUUAUAAAUUUAACAAACAAGUAUAAAUCCAUUGAUGAAGUGUCUGAAAAAUUGCCUUAAAACUUGAAACAAAAGCAAAGGAACAAAGGCACCCAACUAAAAUGAACACUUCACAUUUUGUGCAGUCUGCCUGCUGUGCAUCGUUGGUAUUUUUGGCAUUUUGUAUAGCCGAUUCCGCCACCGAUGAGCACUACUUGCCCUUACCGGCCGACGACAUGGUUCUUAGCACAAAUAAACGCUUUCAACAGAUCAUGCAAGGUAGUGGCUUAGCAGAUAUAAAUUGGCCGCAGCCACCAAAAUUGAAAACGGAAAUCAACGUGAAAGACGAAUUAACCAAAUUGAAUACAACUUAUGUAUAUCAAAGUGCAUGGCCAGAAGAAGAUCUUAAAUUGGGCUCAGUAACCGCAGUUAGUUUCGAUAAGGCUGGAAAUGUAGUGAUAUUUCAUCGCGUGGAUCGUGUUUGGGAUGAAAAUACAUUCAAUGACAGAAAUGUCUUCCUACAACGAAAGAAAGGACCCAUUCGAGAAAACACCGUUUUGGUACUAGAACGUAAAACGGGACAUGUCGUCUACGGCUGGGGGAAGAAUCAAUUCUACAUGCCUCAUGGUUUAACAAUCGAUCAUGAGGAUAAUGCAUGGCUUACAGAUGUCGGCCUGCAUCAAGUUUUUAAAUUUGGCCCGCGUGGUUCUUCUGAUAAACCUUUGAUGACUUUGGGCACAGCAUUUAUGCCCGGCGUAGGGGAUUCGAAAUUUUGCAAGCCUACCUCAGUCGCCGUUCUCGAAAAUGGUGAUUUCUUUGUUGCUGAUGGUUACUGCAAUGCCCGGAUAUUAAAAUAUGACAAAAAUGGAAAGAAAAUACUCUCAUGGGGGCAAAACUCAUUCUCUGGCUCUUCCUUUGAAGUGGCCCCAAAAAAUUACUUCGCCAUUCCACAUGCACUGACACUCGUGCCUGAACAGCAAUUAAUAUGUGCAGCUGAUCGUGAAAACGGGCGCGUACAGUGUUUCUUUUGGACUAAUGGUACAUUCCACUCCCAAUAUUAUAGUCAAAUUGUAGGCGAUCGGUUAUUUAGCAUGGAUUAUAUACCAGCAGAAGGCGGUCAACUUGUUAUCGUAAAUGGACCCACUGCUGAGUUGAGUGCAAAGGUGCAGCAUUACAACGAAGUGCGUGGCUACAUAAUGAACAUGAGAACUAAACAGGUGGUCUCGAAAUUCGGUCCUAAUGAUAUGCAAUUUUCAAAUCCCCACGAUGUGGCCGCAACCAAGGAUGGCAAUGAAAUAUAUGUUGCUGAACUAAAUCCUAUGCGCAUACACAAAUUUUUGCAUAAAACUGUUGCCAAAUCGAUGCCGUUGUCAUCAGCAAAAACACUUUUGAAUAACAGCAGCAGUUACACUUUGAGUCACAAUGGUCCCGAAUAUCAAGUGGAUAUGUCUUUGAUGAAAGCUAGUAAUAACAACGCCAGCUCUGCACCUGGACCGAUGUUAGUAGCGAAAUCGCAUCACCCAGGAGGCACAGCAAUACUUGUUGCAUCGUUAAUGCUACUUUUCGCCGCGUUGACGUUUACAUUAGCAUUUAUUAUUGCACGUCGGCGAAAACGAGGUUGUCUACCAUUUGGCGUGAAGAAUCGUCGUCAUGCUUGGGAUUUUCCCUCGAAACCAGAGGGAUUCAAACUAGGCGGCUUGUUAUUGGAUCGUGGCAAACGUGGAGGUUUUGAGAAGCUCGAUCAAAAUGCCAGUGAUGAGGAGAAUGAGGCAACAACAAAUAUGUUGACGAGUGUGCCAUUCGCCUAAGCAAACUAAACACGAAAUUGCAGAAAACCAGAAAACGAAGACAAGCUUUAAAGAAAUAAGUGAUUUCUAAUUUCCAAUGAGAAGGCAACACAUGGACUGCUAAUGUUUUUAUGUCAUAAUAGUAUAUUUUGAGCAUCAAUCAAUAUAUUUUUACUUGCAAUAGCAGGACUGCAAGUUUUCCAAUUUGAAAUUAUUAACAUUCUGCUGCGAAACUUAGUUAUAAAUUAUUUGCUUUAUUUACAAAUAGUAUCAAAGUGAUUAUUUUUAUGUAUAUGUAAAUAUUUAGGUUUGUUUUUUAAGUGUGUGGUAAAGCAAAAAACUGUAAUAAGUCAAGAAGAGUAAACUCGGGAUGAGAUACUAAAGUACUUGGAAGUGAAAUAUGAGUAGAUUUGCUUGGUGUUCGAGGGUAGAGUGGUAAAUAAGGAUUGGAAAAUGUUGUGC